UUGACGAAGUGAACGGUGCUCGACGGGUCUAGGCCAGUGGCGUACGGUCGUUGGAUUUCGCUGGAAACGAGGCUGUUGCGAGUCGAGAUCGCCGUGAAUCGUGGCACGCGGGCCGAGCCGGCGAGGAGGAAGGGAGAGAGAGAGGUCGCGCGUUUAUCGAGCGAAGAACAGAGAAAGAGAGGGAGAAAUGGCCCCCACCCACGGCGACGAGGAAAUAGAGGGGCGCUAUAAAGAGCGUAAAGCGUAUAAAGAGCGCUCGUAUGCCUACAGCCCUGUACCAGCGAGUGGCGGCUCUACGGCAGUGCACGAUUCAACUACCCUUGGCAAGCGAUUCGGCGAGAACGGUGCCGGGCAAACACGUCUACUCGGUUCGAACGGUGUCCACGUCGAGUGUCCAGUGAACAAAAUGACGGAGAAGGGUUCGACUAAGUUGCAGUACAUCGCUGCUGGAGCGGCGAACAUGGCCAGUAUGGCGGCCGGUGUAAUGAUGGGCUGGACCAGUCCUGUCCUACCGCAGCUGAUGAAAUCCGUCGCGAAUACUCCCCUCGACAAGCCUAUCACCGCUGAUGAUAACACUUGGAUAGGAUCGCUGGUAGCCAUAGGAGCUGUGAUUGGUUGUUUCGUAGCUGGAGUUCUGGCGGACAAAAUCGGCAGAAAAUACACGCUCCUGUCCUCCACGGUGCUGUACCUGAUCGGUUGGGCCCUGAUCGCGAGUGCCGGUGUGGUCUACCAAUUGUACGCGGCCCGAGUGGUCCUUGGCUUCGGCAUGGCGUUCGCCUUCACGGUUGUUCCUAUGUACUGCGGCGAAAUCGCGGAGAUCUCCGUGAGAGGUGCUCUUGGAUCGUUCCUGCAGCUGUUCAUCACGAUAGGCUUGCUCUACUCGUACGCGAUCGGGCCAUACGUUUCUUACACGGCGUUCUGGAUCCUGUGCGCCAUCGUGCCAGUCGUUUUCUUCGGAUGCUUCGUCACCAUGCCGGAAUCGCCUUACUAUCUCAUCAAGGUCAACAAGAAGGACCAAGCGAUCGCUGCUUUGGCAAGGUUACGCGGAAAGUCGGAGGCCAGCGUCCAGAAGGAAGCUGACGAGAUACAGGCGGAGUUGGAUGAAGCAGCCAGGAACGAGGUCAGCAUCGUGGAACUGUUCAAGAACAAGGUGAACUUAAAGGCCACGCUUUACACCAGUCUUCUAGCCGCGUUCCAACAGCUGAGCGGCAUCAACGUGGUGCUGUUCUACAUGGAGACGAUUUUCAUCAGCGCAAAGUCGUCGCUUCCAACCCCGAUCGCGACCAUCAUCGUCGGUGUCGUGCAGGUGCUCGCUUCCGGCGUUACACCUGUUGUCGUUGACAGGCUUGGCAGGAAGAUGCUGCUCAUCUUCUCCGGCGUGGGAGAGAUCGUUACCUUGAUCGCCCUGGGAAUUUACUUCUACAUGCAGGACGCGCAGAACUUGCCAGUGAGCGACACGAUCGGUAUGCUUCCGGUGGUAUCGCUGGUGAUCUUCAUCGCGACGUACAGCGUCGGCUGGGGCCCGUUGCCGUGGACCGUGAUGGGCGAGAUGCUGGCAGCGAACGUGAAAUCGAAGGCCUCGAGUUUGGCGGUGUGCGCCUGCUGGCUGCUCGCCUUCUUCAUCACCAAGUUCUCCAGCUCGCUGUCCAGCGCGUUCGGCAAUUACACGCUGUACUGGGUGUUCGCCGCGUUCUGCGUGAUCAGCGUGACGUUCACGAUCAUAGUGCUGCCGGAAACGAAGGGCAAGUCGCUGGCGCAGAUUCAGAGCGAGCUGGGCGGUGAUUCCUCGGCGGACUUCGAGUCUGGAAGGAAAAUGUGAACGCAGUAUUAAUAAUGUGGCCGACCAACGUCGGCCGUUCCUCAGUUCCCUCAGUCUUCAUACUGCCAAAGACCGAAGGUCGCGACCCUCGGGACUCCAUUGUGUUAGUUUUACCAUGGGAUCCGAGCUUCAACGAACGCUUACGAUCGGGUCGGAAACGCUCACAAUUCACUAGAAACUUAACGAACUUAUCAUAGAACGCAAUCUUAUUUUUCCUUAACGAUGGGAAAGGAUCAACCGCGACAGAUUACCGGUUAUUCUUGGCUCUUGGUCCGAUACUCGUCGAACGAUUUCUGUCGUUCGAUGGGAUCAAAAUUUUCCGAUGAAUUCACGGAUAAUUUGUAGUUUUAGGAUCGGUCUUAACGGCCGAUCAUUCUUUUAUUCUUCUUGACGGGCACCGGUCUCAUCACUUUUUCUUUUAUCUCGGGACUAUCGACGGCUCAUUUAAUACUGUUUUUAACGUUUUGACCAAGAACAUCGUACGAUAAGAUAAGAAUUUGUACAACAGAUUGUUAUUAGAAAUUCUGACUUUAACGGGCAAGAAUAUAGCAUAGCAAAUCUGUCCUGGCUGUUCCCCCCCCAGCGCAAUAAUAGUUUUUAAACGUAUGUAUUUAUUAUUAUCCGGCGAGUUUAGCCGUUCAACGUACACAUUAGCGUAUUUAAUAUUUAACGCUGUAUUUGUAACUAUAUCGUGCAGCUUUUAAGUUCACGCGACUCAGUAAGUUUUUUAAACGAUAGACGUAUAGACGAGAAUUACCAGAAUUCGUCUCGCCGAUCCAAGGAAUUUUAUUUAUAAGCGAUCGAUCGUAUAGACACCAUCCAGGCGGUGCAUAGGAGCGAUCCAGAUCCGUUUCCGAGUACGAUCACGGGGAAAAAAGCGUCGCGAAUCGCUGAAUCGGAUCGCGAUACCGUGCAAAAUAGAUCGACGCAGUCUAGCGGCGAGUGGACGAACGAUUACCGAGCGGAAAUUCCGCGGAUACGAUCGAUCCUUAUCUCGGAUGAGUGGUGCACGCGUCUUCAGGAGCGGAAGAGGAGGAACGAACAAGCAAAAAAAGGUAUGAACGGCGCAAUUCGAAUGUUUUCGAGGCGAUCUACCGUACACCAUCCACGCGUUACUCGCGUUUCUGUGAUCGACGAGCAUUAUCCGUGAUUACGAACGAUUCGACGCGUUGACUGCCGCGUACGGAAGAACCACGAUAAAGAUGUAUAUCGAAUAUCAAUCGGAAAAUUUAACAGGGUGAAAGCGAUCGGAUUUCGACGAGGAUUUUUUGACACUUCGGCAGUCAAAGCGUUCGAGAAGUUUCAGCCGAGAGAGAUUAUCGAGUAGAAGAUGAGUGAAUAACGCACAUUCCUAUUUUAAAGCGAUCGUUUUUGCGAACCUGUGGAAAGGCGUACGCCUUCGGGCUGUUUUCGUGCCGUUUCGGGUAACAAUGGCGUCGAACGGGAACCAACGGCGCGAGAUAUCGCGGCUGCGCGAGUCCGAAUGUAUCGAGGACUCGAAGAAUGCAUAAUUUAAACUGGAACGGCUGCAGGAUGUACGCUUCCACGGUUGAAGACUGUAAUUUCUUCAAUUAUAGUAUUCUUCGAUUCUGUUUUCUCCUUUCGAAUCGUCGGGAAUUUUUCAUUUACGGGCCGUUAAAAAUCGUUGGGCGUGAAUCGUUAGGAACAUGUGCUUCUCAUUGUGCCAUGAAAGCCUUAUGGUGAAGUAUUAAGCGUUUUUUUCGAUGUCCCGAUGAGUGUAGUCUGGACGAAAUUAAUUUUCUGCUCGAGGAUACUUGAUUCAGCAUUCGUAAAUUAUCAAAUUUCGAAUGUUUCAUUUUGAAACUAUUUCCAAGUGGCUCGAGCUGACAAUUAAUUUGGUCGUAACCACAGUGCAUGUUCUCCAUGUCCGAUAUAUCAUUUCCAAACCAGUAUAACAUAGUCGCGUAAAAAGGCAACGUUGUAACGGUAUAACGUGAUCAGUGAUAUCUUCGUCGGACGUUUAAACUCAAUUGUGAAAAGUUCUUUUAACAGUUCGAAGUGCGGGCUAAUUCAGUUGGCGACUCUAAUGAGUUGGAAUAGCGCAGCUACAAGUGGGAACUCUCCAGAGUUUACGGAGUUCUCUUCGAGCGAGCCGUCCAGUCAUUAAUAAAAUGGCGGCGAACGCCAACGAAAUGACUCCGCGCUUCGCCGACUUUAUCAAGUAUUUUAACGAUUUUAAUUAGAGAGACAUCAUCUUUGUACAAUCAUAUGUUAAAGGCGACGUGCAUUUGAGUAUUGUUAGAUAACAUACGGAUCGUAACACACCGUACACAAAUAAUUACAGUUACAAUAAUCAGGGAACCAAAGAUUACACCCAUUAUCGCUCAAAAAUGUUUGAUACAAAUGUUUCCGAAAAAAUGUUGAUCACUUACAGUCUAGAUAAAAAGUAGACCAAAGCGUGUACCUCGACGUAUUACUUCGUAAUUCUUAGUUUAUCAUUGAUACGCGUAACUAUACAAACUAAUCAACGGUAAUUGUACAAAGAUUCAAACAUCUAUUCUUCUGUAAGCAAGGAUUAUCGUAAUUCGUUCAAACGAUCAAAUAUUUUUUAGCCUUUCGCGGAAAUUCCGAUCGACGGCGCGCGAUUCAUUGGAUUCUUGAUUACGGAAGCGACGCAACAUUCGUAUUUUCUUUGCAUUUAUCGUGUAUACUUUUAUACAGCUAGAGAGAGAGCGAGCGAUUGAUCAAGAGAGUGCAAGGAGGGGAGAGAGUGUGCCAAACAUAUUUUAAUGUUAAACAGAAUUUGAUUGAACGCGAGGCGAGCGGAACAUAUCAAUUCGGACGUUAACAUAUCUUUGCGAUGCACAAAAUUUCCUAUCUUAGCAAUAGAUACGCGAGUGUAAAAAGAUCGCUGAAUGAAUUCGCGCGGCAGAAGGUGAAUUAUUUUAAAUCAAGGCGUGUGAACAGUGAUUAACUACGCCGGUCGUGUAUAUCGUUUCACGAUUGUCGAGGUCGUUCGCAUGCAUACUCUCGAGAAAGGAACUGUAAUAUAUCAGCCGCUUACGUUGAAAGUGACAUAAGUUUAUUUUCACACAGAAAUCGAGUCUAUGAUUAUAAUAGUUGAAAUUCUACGUUACCUUUUUAUUUUUAAGCGGUUUCCUUUUUAAAUGAACUUUAGUCACUUUUCAAAUAAACGGUUCAUCUUGUUUUCUUAUCGUUCGCUUUAUCGUGCGGAAAUUUCACUGUAGAACUCGCAUGCGGCGACCUCUGCACGUUGUUCGCUCCAGUUUCAAGAGAACUAGAUCAAAUGUGGGCAAAGUUUCAGAUGGCCUUUCUGUCGAUUUAAAUGGUCAUUCCUGUGACUAAAACUAAAGAAACUUGAUUCGAUCGAGAGAACUCAUUUCUAAAUGUUCUAAACACGAAAUCCAAUAGAAUUCGAUAACAUUAAUUCAAUUUGAUACUUCUAUAUGGCAAUCGACGUAACAAGAAACGCGAUUCGUGAAACACUGUUGCUCAGGUAGGAAAUUUGCCCACGUUUGGACCGGACAAUCCGUACAAUCAUUCCUAAAAUGUUCCUUUCCACGAGCAAUAAGACUUUUCAUUUCUCCGUCGGCUUUGGCCGAGGACAAGAUUACCACGUGACAAAAGUUGGCGAUAGCGAACGUUAAAAGUGUACGUGACUAAUUCGUGGUCCGCCACCCGGUGUACUUCACUACCGUUUCCCCGCGCCUGGAAAUUUCGAACCGACCGAAAGUGCUCAUCGAACGUAUUAUAUACUUUUUUUUAAACAACGCCGCGUGUUCGACGCGACAAGUUUAACGAUCGUUAAGCGGAAUAGAGGCCUUUGAAACUAGUACCGGAAGCGCGGACGAUAUUUAGAGUAAACGAAGCGGUGCGUGAACGUGAGUUUGUGACUUUUUGUUUUGCCCUUUUGUUUUUUAAAGAGAGAAAGAGAGAGAGAGAGAGAGAGAAUGAGAGUGAGAGUGAGAGUGAGAGUGGGAGAAAAAGAGGUGUGAUAAUUUGAAAUGUGUCAGGGUAUAAAGCGGAAACACCUAGUUUGGAAAUGUUCCGUGAGAAAUUCCGGGAACGUCACCCGAUGCGACUGUAUAUAUUAUUACACAUUUACCACAUAGUGUAAUUAUCAUGAUAAAUUUUGUUACGGCUAAAUAAAUUAUAACUUUGAAGUAUUA